AUGUCUUCCGACGACGAACGCCAGAAGGCUCUCGACUCCUACCGGAACAAGCUGCUCGAAUCCCGGGAGUGGGAGGCCAAGCUCAAGUCCCUCCGGCUCGAGAUCAAGGACCUGCAGAGGGAGUUUGACAGAACCGAAGACAACAUCAAGGCGCUGCAGAGCGUCGGACAGAUUAUCGGCGAGGUCCUGAAGCAGCUCGAUGACGAAAGAUUUAUCGUGAAGGCGUCGUCCGGUCCCAGAUAUGUCGUCGGAUGCAGAUCAAAGGUCGACAAGGUCAAGCUCAAGCAGGGCACGCGGGUGGCUCUCGAUAUGACGACACUCACUAUCAUGCGCAUGCUUCCCCGAGAAGUCGACCCCCUCGUCUACAACAUGUCGCUGGAGGACCCCGGCCAGGUCAGCUUCGCCGGCAUUGGUGGCCUCAACGACCAGAUCCGCGAGCUGCGCGAGGUCAUCGAGCUGCCGCUCAAGAACCCCGAGCUCUUCCUGCGCGUGGGCAUCAAGCCGCCCAAGGGUGUCCUGCUUCUCGAGACCAACUUCCUGAAGGCGGCGAACACAGUGGUCUCGUCAGCAAUCGUCGACAAGUACAUCGGAGAGUCUGCCCGCCUGAUCCGCGAGAUGUUCGGCUACGCCAAAGAGCACGAGCCCUGCAUCAUCUUCAUGGACGAAAUCGACGCCAUCGGCGGUCGCAGAUUCUCAGAGGGAACUAGUGCGGAUCGCGAGAUCCAGAGAACGCUGAUGGAGCUGCUCAACCAGCUCGACGGUUUCGACUACCUCGGCAAGACCAAGAUCAUCAUGGCGACGAACCGGCCCGAUACCCUCGACCCCGCCCUGCUCCGUGCCGGACGCCUCGACCGUAAGAUCGAGAUCGCCCUGCCGAACGAGGUCGGCCGCCUGGAGAUUCUCAAGAUUCACGCCUCCGGCGUGGUGACGGAGGGCGAGAUCGACUUUGAGAGCGUGGUGAAGAUGAGCGACGGACUCAACGGUGCGGAUUUGAGAAACGUCGUCACAGAAGCCGGCCUGUUCGCCAUCAAGGACUACCGAGAUGCGAUCAACCAGGACGACUUCAACAAGGCGGUGCGCAAGGUCGCCGAGUCGAAGAAGCUCGAGGGCAAGCUCGAGUACCAGAAGUUGUAA